UUAAUAGUUUGCAAACACUUAUUCUCAGUUUCUGUACUUUUGUGUGAUGGAGAGGUGAAAAACAGUUUGCAUACAAGCAGAAGUCAGGGGCCAAAAUAAAAUAUUUAUGGCCAAAAGAUUACAAAAUUGAGCACAGUAAAAAUAAGAAUUUAUGUACAUCAAAAAUCACCAUAAAGAUAGUAAAUGAGAACAAGUCACGAACUGGAAAUAGGUAUUUGUAAUACAUAUAACGCACAUUCAGAACAUAUAAAGUGAUCCUACAAAUCAGUAUGAAAAAGGCAAACAACUCAAAAAUGUACAAAUAUAUAAACAGGAAUUUCACAGUAGAGGAACUAAGAAUACAAAAUUAGAAUUUGAGAAGGUACACAAUCACAUUAGUAAUCGGAGAAAUGCAUAUUAAGAACACAACUAGAUACUAAGUUUCUGAGAUAAUGUGGCUGAAUUGGGAACUUUCAUACACUGAUAGUGAAGCGUAAAUCAGUUCAACCACUCUAGAGAACAAUUUGGUAUUAUCUUGCAAUGUUUUACAUUUGCACCCAUUAUCAUCCAACAAUUCCACUCAUAGGCAUAUGUACUCUAGACUACUGCAACACAUAAGUAGAACUGCCAAAUUUAGCCAACAAAAAUAAAAGAUGCCCAGUUAAACUGUAUUUAAGAUAAACAAUUAAUAAUUUUUUUAAUUGAUCUGAAACUUAAAUUUAAUUUUGCCUUAUGUAUUUUUUCCAGUAAUCCUACAAAUAACAAGAGGCAUGUACCAAAGUGUUCAUAGUAGCAUUGUUUACAACAGCAAAAUCUGAAACCCACCUAAACUUGCAUUGAGAAAAUAAUAGAUAAACUGUAUAUUCACACAAUGGAAUACUAGGCAGCAGUGAAAAUAAACGAACUACAGCUAUGAGUAAGAAAAGUGAAUCUUAGAACCAUUAACUUUAAAAAGCAAUUCAAAGAAUAUAUAUCAGAAAUGGCAUUUUAUAACUAUCUUCAUAAAACUCAAAACCGACCACAACUAAACAAUAUAGUUUAGCGAUCCACACACACGUGAUAAAAUAUUUACAAGAGAAUGAGAAACAAAGUAAGGUAGUUGUUACUAAGGUAGUGGUAGAGGCAGGGGAAUAGGUUAGAGGAGGAAGUCACAGCUUGAUAGGACGGUGUUGGUAAUGUUCUAGUUCCUACACAGAUAUUCAUUUUACCGCCAUGCUUCUUACUCACAUAUGUUACCUAAGUUUCCGUAUAUAUAAAAUAUUACACAAGAUUAAAAAAAUUGAUCAACGAUCAGGAAAGUUAAGUGAGUAGAAUCUCCAUCUACAGACGGAAAGCCCAAUGCUUUUCUACUAAAUUAGGAUCUCUCUCCUAAAGAAUAAAAAUAGCAUGCCCCGCAAUCAGAGACAUCGUGAAAAGCACAAAAUACUACUCCAUAGCUAGCUCCUGGGAGACACCAGGCGAUGGAGCGUACACAGAAGGCCAAUUCAUCCCAUAUUUAUAUAUACAAAGUAUAUACUUGCUAAGUACGGUGCUAGAUUGUAGCGUAGGGGUGUGCGGGCGCUGCUGGGCAGAUGUUCACAAGAGCUCGGCUGCAGAAGACUGCCAGCGCUACAGCUAGAGAGCCGAACAUGAGGCACCAUAUCACGUGCGUAUAGACUAAAAGCGAAUGAGUCCAGUCCACUUGUAGCAAAUCCCCUUUUUUAGAUUCUCCUUCUCCGUGGGGGUGGGUUGAGGCUGGGAACUGUUCCUCCCUAGCUAUAAAAGUUGACCUCUGUCACUCCACGAUCACUUAAAGGAGAGCGAUAGUAAGGAUAAACCCAUAAGCUAGCCUAAUGUAGACCUAAAAUCCUUCUUGGGCUCACAAGACACUUGAGACGUAAACCUCUUCAACGAAAUUAAAAGUGCUGAUCUUAAUCCUCUAAGUAAAGGAGAAGAGAACCGCUAAAGCAGCACGGCUCCACGCACGCGCAGGAAGCAUCACGGAGAGCGCGCGGCCCCGGCUGGAGGCGGAGCGGAAGAGGCCGGAUAACACGUCACCGAGCGCGUUGCGUCACGCCGCAGGGGGCGGGGCGUCGGGGCUGGUUUCCUCGGCGACGCCCUGCUGGUCCUGGAGUGGUGUGCGGGCUCGCGGGCAUGGGCGCUCCUCCGGGCCUGCAGGCCGACUGCGAGGCGCUGCUCAGCCGCUUCCAGGAGACGGACAGCGUGCGCUUCGAGGACUUCACGGAGCUCUGGAGGAGCAUGAAGUUCGCGACCAUCUUCUGUGGUAGAAUGAGAAAUUUAGAAAAGAACACGUUUACAAAAGAAGCUUUAGCUUUGGCUUGGCGAUAUUUUUUACCUCCAUACACCUUCCAGAUCAGAGUUGGUGCUUUAUAUCUGCUAUAUGGAUUGUAUAACACCCAGCUGUGUCAACCAAAACAAAAGAUUAGAGUUGCCCUGAAAGAUUGGGAUGAAAUUUUAAAAUUUCAGCAAGAUUUGAUAAAUGCACAACAUUUCGAUGCAGCGUAUAUUUUUAGAAAACUACGUCUAGACAAAGCAUUUCACUUUACAGCAAUGCCCAAAUUGCUGUCAUAUAGAAUGAAGAAAAAAAUUCAACGAGCUGAAGUUACAGAAGAAUUUAAGGACCCAAAUGAUCGUGUAAUGAAACUUAUCACUUCUGAUGUGUUAGAGGAAAUGCUGAAUGUUCAUGAUCAUUAUCAGAACAUGAAACAUAUAAUUUCAGCUGAUAAGUCCAAUCCAGACAAAGCCCUCAGCCUGAUAAAGGAUGAUUUCUUUGACAAUAUUAAGAACAUAGUUUUGGAGCAUCAGCAGUGGCACAAAGACAGAAAGAAUCCAUCCUUAAAAUCAAAAGUUAAAGAUGGAGAAGAAAAGAGGGAAGGCAAUUCACAAGAAUCAGAGAGAUGUGAAAGGGCAGAAUCAUUAGCAAAAAUAAAAUCAAAGGCCUUUUCAGUUGUUGUUCAGGCUUCCAAGUCAAGAAGGCAUCGCCAAGUCAAACUUGACUCUUCUGACUCUGAUUCUGCAUCUGGUCAAGGACAAAUCAAAGCAACUAGGAAAAAAAGAAGCCAAGACACACUGAAAUCAGCAGGAAGGAAGAUGUCUUCCAGGAACAGAGAUGAUAUGCAGAAUGUUCAUAAGGAAGAUAAAUCUUUAAGUCUGAGUAUGCCUGUAAUUACAGAAGAGGAAGAGGAGAAUGAAAGUAGUGAAACAGAGUUCACUGCACUGAAGAGGAAAAGAAAACACAGAACAAAGAGCUUGGUGUCAAGUUCUUAAUUUUGAACUUUCUGAUGGAAGAAAAGAUUUAUUUGUGUAUUGCACAGGAAGACUUCCAGUAUUAAAAAUAAUUCUUCUGGGGCGCCAGCCCAGUGGCACAGCAGUUAAGUGCGCAUGUUCUGCUUCAGCGGCCCAGGGUUCGCCGGUUUGGAUCCCGAGUGUGGACAUGGCACUG